UUUACGGGUCAUACUUGUCAUUUAAUAAGUAAAACAAAAAGAAAUGAAAACCCAGCGAUGAGAAAAUGGGGGAAAAGAAAUCCGAGUUCAAUCAAACGGUGGCGCUUCUUCGUUCAUUCAUUCAUUCCCUAAACCCUAUUCCAAUCAAAUGCACUUCAACCACCGCAACCACCGCAACCACCGUCACCACAACCACCACCACCGUCGUCGUCAUUGAGCAUGAUCCUCUCUCACUCUCUCCCUGAUCAUGCUACUGCCCUCUCUGCGAUCCACUCGCAGAUUCUGCAACAAAAACUUCUAUUCAUCUACCUCCGCCGCCGCCGCCGCCCUUAAACCCUCACAACCACCAAUUCUCCAAAUUCUCAAAUCCGAGCGGGACCCACACAAACUCUUCCAUCUCUUCAAAUCCAAUGCAACCAACCGUCUUCUCAUCGAAAACCGUUUUGCUUUCUACGACACCGUUUCACGACUCGCCGGUGCUAAACGAUUCGAUUACAUCGAACAAUUACUUGAACAACAGAAAACCUUACCUCAAUCGCGCCGCGAAGGUUUCGUUGUUCGGAUUAUUACAUUAUAUGGAAAAGCUGGUAUGAUUCAACACGCUCUUGAUACUUUUUAUCAAAUGCACAAUUUUAAAUGUGUUAGAACGGUUAAAUCUUUCAAUGCUGCUCUUAAUGUUUUGGUUCAGACGAGGAAUUUUGAUUCUGCUGUUCAGUUUAUUGACGAAGUUCCGGAAAAUUUUAACAUUAGGUUAGAUGUUUAUUCUGUUAACAUUGCUAUUAAGGCUUUUUGUGAACUUGAAAAGCUUCAAGAGGCUUAUUUGUUUAUGUUAGAUUGUGAGAAUAAUAAGGGUGUUAAGCCUGAUGUUGUUACUUACACGACUCUUAUGUCAGCGUUUUAUGAGCAUAAGAGAUGGGAGAUUGGUAAUGGAUUGUGGAACCGUAUGGUGUUGAAGGGUUGUAUGCCGAAUCUUCAUACUUUUAAUGUUCGGAUUCAGUUUUUGGUUACGGUUAGGCGAGCUUGGGAUGCCAAUGAUUUGAUGAGUUUGAUGCGGAGAAUUGGGGUUACGCCUGAUGAGAUUACGAUAGUUUUGGUUAUCAAGGGUUUUUUUCUGGCUGGUUUUCCUGAUAUGGCAGUGAUGAUUUUUUAUGGGUUGCGUAGGAAGGGUUAUAAGAUUAGUGCUAAUAUUUACCAGACAAUGAUUCAUUAUUUGUGUAGGAGAGAUGAUUUUGAUCAGGCAUACAUCAUGUGUAAAGAUAGUAUGCGAAAAAAUUGGUUUCCGAAUGUAGGUACCGUCUUUAUGCUACUGGAAGGCCUAAAGAGAUUUGGGAAGAUUGAUAAAGCGAAGGUGAUUGUAGCGUUGGCCGAGAGGAAAAAACCUCCCUUCGAUUCUGGCUAUUUGGCUUCAAUGCAGUCCUUGUUAUCUGGGCAGUGAAGUUAGUGGAUUAGGGAAGUUGGUUGAAUUUAGUAGGGCAACGACCCAAACGGAUCUCAUAUUCUUUGUAUUCCAUUCAUUUGUACAUCUUGAAUAUUUAAGUAACAAGCCUGAAAAUUUGAUGGCAUCUCAUUUA